AUGCCAAUCCUGGCCCGGUGGGAAAGCGACGACGACGAUGAAUCCGAGCCGGAGACUGGACAGAAGCAGGCCUGGCGUUACGACACCUCAUCCAAUGAAGAGCACCUUGCCUGCAAUCCGGAGGAGUCUACAUCUCAAAGCGGUGAACAUGACAGCUCUGACGCUAGCACCGAUUCUGAGCUCUCUAGCUCUGAUGAGUCUCAUGAUCAUGGUGAUACUCCGCCAGAAGUGUCUUUGUCUCUACACCGCCUUCAAUCGCUGCAUGCAAAUGACAGUGGGCAAUGCAGUUCGUAUGCGGAGAGGGGGAAGUCUGUCUCCAGAUGCAAGCAUGUGCUCCCUCCCUUUGAGGAUUUUGGUGGCAAUCUGCAAUGCUUUUUGGAACUUGUCCAAGCCCUGCCAGGAUUCACUGUUGUGGUCCAUCCAGUUGGAAUCCGGCCCUGGUUUGAAGAAGAAUGUAUGAUCGAUCAGUCAGAAAAGAAGCUUCGUGAAGACUUGUUGGAGAAGCUGAUCGACAACAAAUUGACAGGUCCGACCUUACAGAUAUCAUUCCACUGCAAUCCUGACCAACUCCCUGAAAAGAAACUCCCCCAUGGCAAUUGGGCGAGCCUCUAUGUGCUCUACAGAGCAUAUGCUGAUGUUCAGGGGGAGGAGGCAGCUGGGAAGAGUGUCUUCUACCGUGUUGCGAGGAAAUGGAAGGCUUGCCUCAGCUUGUAUCAACAAAACCAGCCUAAGGACUUUGCCCAGCAAGCUGUGCUUUCAGCACAGUUGCUUUCGCACUACUCGGCCCAGUGGAAAGACAGGCAGAUAUAUUGGAUGACCCGCACCCGCUCCCGAACAGAGCGGGACAUACUGAGCAACAUCAUUGACUCAUUUGACCACUCGAAGGUUAUGUUGCCCCGGUUUCCGGGAAAGAGGACGCCCAAAUCCUCUGUGUAUGACUCCUUGAAACGUGCAUUGCACGCAUUGGUCCAUGACUGGGGCAAGAUCAUGCCAUCGGAUGUCCAUUUGUGGAAUGCUUACAAAGACAGGAAGCAGCAGCCAGGACAGCCGCAGAUGAAAGUGCCUCAGCAGUUCACCUUCAUCAGAAGGUCUGAUAUGCCAUCACAUGGCCACCUGAUGCCGACAGAGGAGAGGUUGCCAACCCGACUUCGGAAUUGCAGUGAGCUCAACGAUGUGUUCUGUCUCACCAAGUUGAGGAUGUCAGAUGAGUAUUUAUGCCAAGAUCCUCUGUUGGUUUUUCCUCAUGGGUUGUGUGGGGCAACACGGCACUUCUGGUCGCGAAUUAGCUCUCCAGACUCUGUGCUGCCAUUGCUUCACCCUAGCUUGGAUGAGGGUCGUUGUCAAGAGCUUGAUGCACUUGGCAAACAGCUGGUUACUGACUUCCCCCAUUUUCAACGUACGGCAGCCUACUAUCAAAAGCUGGCGAAUCAGUCUUUUGACAGAAGGCCUCCACGCCGCUUUCAAUUUGUGAAUGCAGGGCCAACAGCAGAUCAAAGGAUUGGCCAGGUCACGCUUGGUGCGGAGCCUGUAGCACCAAAGCCUCACAAGCUCAAAGUCACUUUUCGCAGGCGUCCGGACUAG